CUUCCCCUGCUUUGUUUACCUUUUAAGGAAGGUCAGCAUUGCCAAGUUGAAAGUGCCUGUGUUAUCUGCCUCUUGAGUUCUACAAAUUGUUCUGUGAAGCAGAACGUUCCAAGUGGAAGAUGGCUGGGAAUUCAAUCUUGCUGGCUGCUGUCUCUGUCCUCUCUGCCUGUCAGCAAAGUUAUUUUGCUUUGCAGGUAGCAAGGGCAAGAUUAAAAUACAAAAUUACACCCCCGGCAGUCUUUGGGUCACCAGAGUUCGAGAGAAUAUUUCGUGCCCAACAAAAUUGUGUGGAGUAUUACCCCAUAUUCAUGAUUACAUUGUGGAUGGCUGGAUGGUAUUUCCACCAAGUUUUUGCUGCUUGUCUGGGUCUGGUGUAUAUAUAUGCCCGUCACCAGUUCUUCUGGGGAUAUUCGGAAGCUGCUAAAAAAAGGAUCACUGGGUUCCGGCUGAGUCUGGGGAUUUUGGCCUUGUUGACCAUCCUAGGCACCCUGGGGAUUGCAAACAGCUUUCUGGAUGAAUACCUGGACCUCAACGUUGCCAAGAAACUGAGGCACUUCUAACUUUCCCCCUCCCUUUGCUCCAAUGUUUGCAGACAAUGUUGCCACUCUGAAGGUUAGCUAUAUGGUAUCACCUGUUCAAUUAAACAAUAAAAGUCUGUAAUUUGUU